GUGGCAUUAACUGUGUGCUUAAGCGUAAAACCUAAUCUAUAAAGCUCGACUGUGGCCUAGCAGAACACAAGACAAUCCAAGCAUAAAAGCAAGUUAAGAAGAAACCGGCGCGCAUCGAAGAUGUGUACCAGGAUCCGUAAGGGCAUCAUCAACCCGAAUUAUCCAGGCUUUCAGUCGUUGGCGUACACGCUGAACGAGGACAACUUUGACUACAGCUCGGAAAAUCCCUCCGACGACGAUGAGGACUCGUACGUGUCGGAAUCGGACGACAACGAAAUGAAGCAACGCGACAAGGACCCGGAACAGCCGGGUGAUGAGAAUGGUAACUCGUACGGUGAUGGUAACGGUCCGGCGGAUGGAGAAAAUGUGCAUCUAAAUUCCACCAUGGACAUACCGGUGGUUCGCUCCAGCCUGUACCAUCCAUCAAUGACGACACUGGAAACGGAGGAAUUCUUCCCGCCGGAUUCACCGUACCGUCGUACGCGGUUGCACCAUAUCACGGAUGGUCGCAAAUCUCCCACGCUUACAACGGCCAUGUUCGGUACAGAGGAACAGCUGGAGUCGACGGUGAUCUAUGCCUGCACGCCACCGGACAUCGUGCUCCAGCACAGCUACGAACACCGUUCGGCCGUUCUCGGAUCGUCCAACGAAUCGGCGAACGUAACGCUAGAACUCUCAACCAGUCAAAAGCCUGAUUUGAUACCGGAACAGCAGUCAGUAGAGCAUCGACCGCUGAAGAAGAUUCCUGAACUCGCUACAUUGGCGAAGCAGAAUGACCAUCCGGAACAGGAUCGCGCUGUAACCGCGCUUACGGACGACCCCGAAAAUGAUACGAACGAAAAGGAGGAGGUGGAUGACGAUGAGAAUUACAUGGAACAGGACGAUCAGGACGAUAUUGAAGGUAAUCGAUCGCCACCAUCACCCGCGAUCGAGCUACUGCAAGCCGUCGGUCAGAUCUCGCUCACGAAUCAUGAUGUCUGUACCAACUUCCAGCAGGAAGUAUCCUUACACUCGGACAAGUUAUUGAACGACAUGUCCCAAUGCUCACUCACCGACGGCGAGCUACUGUCGGAAGAUUCGGAACAAGAGUCCGACGAGGCAGACUUCGAAUACAAACCGUAUGGCGAAGUGGAAGAAACGAGGAAUACCUACGCAACAUCACCACGCGAUGUGCCCACUUCCGGUGACAGUGGUGACAGUGCUGGAUCAAGUCCGGGUGAGGUACAGUACCAUCUGGUGGAUGAUUGUUCGAACCAAACGGUACAAAUAACCCGCUCACGCCAAUCGAACGAUCAAUCGCCGACGAACCAUUUCCAUCUACUGCAGCACUACGCAACACCCGGCACUAUGGACUACCCGUUGUUUACGCAUGUGCAGGAGCACGAAGUUAAUCGUAAUGACUACUACAGCUCAGAGCCCGCCGGUGAAUUUGGGCGCCAAAAUGUACCACAUUCCGGUCGAAUAGCGAACCGCGAUGAAGCGAUAUCAUCAGGCGACUAUCCCGAUGCACGUCCUAGCACGCUUCAACUCACUCGAAGAGAUGCCAACUUUGCAUCGCACUCCGCUCAUACCGCAGAUGAUAUUCAAACUGCUUCGUACAGGGAAAAGAAGAACACCGACAACAACCAAACGCUUGGCACCGAGGUGGUCGCUCCUGCAAGGCAGUUCCACAAAGUACCGAAAGUGAAUCCAUUCUGUGAAGCGCUGCUCCAGGAGAAUGACACGUGUGAUUUCUUCACCAAACAAGCCAAAUUACAAAUCGAGGCACGGAUGGCACUCUGCCAGGCGAAGGACAUGGCACACAUGCAAAUGGAGUUCGAAAAGCGCAACCUACCAUUGUCACCCGUGACGAGGGUCAUUCACACCGCCGUCGAGAAGGCUGGGCUUAGUUUGGCGCCCGACAAACGACGUCUUUCGCGCUACUACCUAACCCGGCUAAACGGGCACCAGCUGCAGACAAUUCUUACCGAGCUGCAGGGCCACGCGGAGGUGCUGAAUGAGGAGCUGGUCGAGCUGCUGAUGGAGCGGGAUGAUUUGCACAUCAGCCAGGAUGCCACGCUGAUCGAUAUAGAGGAUCUAUCGAGAUAUCUUUGUGCCAAGGAGCAGACGAUCAUUCAUGCCGAACGUCAGCGCAAAAGCCACUACUGGAGCGGCAACCGAGUGACACAUCAUCAGCCACACCCGAAACAACCCUCCUUACCACAGCCACCGAUACGAUCGACGUGCGGUACUGCGAUUCCAGCAUAUCGUUACCAUUAGGAGCGCAAUCAGUGUGGAUCGCGGAUCAGUUUAGGUUAGGCAAACUCCUCAAACAACACAGCAAAAAACCAACACUACACAACGUUAAAUAAUCUAGAUACAAACACGUUAAACAAAGCAGAAACAAAAAUCAUACAUAAACGAUACAUACAAAACCAAGUGGACCCAAAAACUACAUAUAAUGGAAAUAAUACAGUGUGAACCCAGAACAAUCCUCGGUACCACAGCCACAAAAAGUGGUUAGCGAAUGCACAAAACAAACAAACAAAUAUAUGCAACAUUCCCGCCCAAUGCAAAGAGGCUCCCAGGCAGUGCAUAACCACUCCCAUCCCCACAUCCCCUGCAAUUGAGCUGCAUAGUGCAAUAGUGUGCAACGUGAGGUAGAACGAGCAACUCACCUUGUGAUAGAAUAUGCCUGCGCUUGAAACAUGCUGUACUAGAACAGGUGGGAGUGUACUACACUCCUGCAACAAACCAUACGCCAAAGAAUGGCAUCACUAUGCUAACCUUUCCCCUGGCCGGUACGGUAUCAUCAUCACGCCCAUCACUCAAACUCUUACUAACAAUCAACGCUCUGGUGAUAAAGGAUAAUACUGCAAAAUUGUUGUCACUAUUUUUCGAUAUUUAAACUCC